GCAAAGAAACGCUCUGAUUGGAUCGGAUCCUUUUACAGGACAAGUCGCUCCUCCCUCACAGAGGACAGGUCAAAGAUGGCGUCGAUUAGGUGUUUUCUUCGCUCCGGGAAGAGUGCCGUCUCGGUGGUCCUGCGUAGAGAGUUCAGCAAGACCUCUCCAGCGGCUGUGCAGGUGAAUGUCCGAGAUGCCCUCAACCAGGCGAUGGACGAGGAACUGGAGAGGGAUGAGAGAGUCUUCCUUCUGGGUGAGGAGGUGGCCCAGUAUGAUGGAGCCUACAAGGUGAGCAGGGGACUGUGGAAGAAAUACGGAGACAAACGAAUCAUCGACACGCCAAUCACAGAGAUGGGCUUUGCAGGCAUUGCCGUUGGUGCGGCAUUCGCUGGGUUGAGGCCAAUCUGUGAGUUCAUGACCUGGAACUUUUCCAUGCAAGCCAUCGACCAGGUGAUUAACUCAGCUGCUAAGACCUACUACAUGUCAGCCGGAGCCCAGCCUGUCCCCAUUGUGUUCCGUGGUCCCAACGGCUCCUCUGCAGGUGUGGCAGCCCAACACUCCCAGUGUUUCGCUGCCUGGUACGGCCACUGCCCCGGCCUCAAAGUAAUCAGUCCCUGGAGCGCUGAGGACGCCAGAGGACUCCUCAAAGCAGCCAUCAGGGACAACAACCCUGUGGUGUUCCUGGAGAAUGAGCUGAUGUAUGGUGUGCCCUUUGACCUGUCUGAGGAGGUUAUGCAUAAAGACUUUGUCUUACCUAUUGGAAAGGCCAAGGUGGAAAGACAAGGAACCCACAUCACUCUCGUGUCACAUUCCCGGUGUGUGGGUUUCUGCCUGGACGCAGCCGCCGUCCUGGCUAAAGAGGGGGUUGAAUGUGAGGUGGUUAACCUGCGCACCAUAAGACCUCUGGAUGUGGACACCAUUGAGGCCAGCGUGAUCAAGACUGGCCAUCUGGUCACGGUGGAAGGGGGCUGGCCCCAGUACGGAGUAGGCGCUGAGAUCUGUGCCAGGAUCAUGGAGGGCCCAGCUUUCAACUACCUGGAUGCCCCUGCAGUCCGCGUGACCGGUGUAGACAUCCCCAUGCCCUACGCUAAGAUCCUGGAGGACCACAGUGUACCUCAGAUCAAAGACAUCAUCUUCUCAGUCAAGAAGGUCUUGAAUAUGUAAACAUACCGAUAUGUAAACAUACCCCUCACACCAUCUGUCUCCCUCCCUCGGUCUGUCUCUCUCUCCCGCCUUGUCUGUCUCCCUCUGUCUGUCCCGCCAUGUCUGUCUGUCCCGCCAUGUCUGUCUGUCUGUCCCGCCAUGUCUGUCUGUCUGUCCCGCCAUGUCUGUCUCGCCAUGUCUGUCUGUCUGUCUCGCCAUGUCUGUCUGUCUGUCUCGCCGUGUCGGUCUCUGUCUGUCCCGCCGUGUCGGUCUCUCUGUCCCGCCGUGUCGGUCUGUCUCUCCCGCCACUCCUUUCCUUGCAAACCAACCUUAUUAAACUUUUAAGUACUUAUAAGUACUUAUUUACAUAUACAAUAGUAAUUACUUGUAUAGUAUUUACUUUAGUAAAUACUUAUUUCCUCCCCUCAACUAAACCGUAAAUAUACGCACAUCACAUGACGACAUGAAAAUAGUACUUAUUCAGAUACAGUUAUACCUACAAGUACUUGCACUUCUGUUUCCUGAUUGGUUGGUGGACGGACAAGACGGUGAUGUCAGACUAAACUCUUCAACUUUGUACAGAUCUGUCAAUGAUCCCAUGAUGGAAAGACUAAGUCAAAUAAAUGUAUAGUUGAUUUAAUGGAGUGUAUUUAUUAUGGCCGAUCAUUAUUGUAACUCCCGUGUUAUUUUUGUUGCUGUAAAAUGGCUUUGUUACAGAAAUAAAACUCUCCAUUUUA